GUUUGAUUCACUUUUUAAUCGUCAAACCCUUUUUCUUAGCGAGGAUUUUUACUCCCAAGCUACAAAUGUUUUCUGAAGACUGAGUCUCAAAGAUGUCUACAUUUAUUUAUAUCUAUAUCUUACUCUUCGCAUUAAAUUGGGUUCACCUUGAAGCCACAAUACAAAGGGAUAUUUUAACUUACAUCAAUGAUCUUCGUCAUCUUCAUUCCUCGGGACCUCUCAUCAUGUCUCCAACCAUCAGCGCCAUGGCUCAGAAAUCUGCAGAAAGAUUUUCGAAAAGUGGUGGUGAUUCUUCUGUCGUAUCUAAUGCACAAUUCAGUACCAACCAUUGUGUCUUCAAUGGAAGACUAAGCCAGUUGCCAAAAACAUGUGCAGUUAGAUGGUACACCACCAUGAAGGACCACAGCUGGUGUAGGCCUCAGCGAGAAGGGAAAGCAAGACCUUUUAUCAACAUGAUAUGGAACGCAACAGCAAGGGCUGGAAUUGGGGUAUCGCAGGGAAAAAGUAGAAAAUACUUCGUAGUGAUUUAUUUUUCUCCGAGAAAAACUCAUGACGUGAAACAGAAUGUGAAGCCAGUGAAAAUUGUUACCCAAGCAAGUCCAAAAGCUGUUUGCGCUAAAGGAUAUAGUCGAUUUGGAUCGUCAUGUUUUAAGUUUCACCCAGAGAAAGUCACUUGGGAGCAAGCUAUCGUCCAUUGCGCCAAUGAGAACGCGACUCUUACUUCUGUUAGGAACAAGGAAGAAGAAAAGUUCCUGAGGAUUCUUCAGGAGAGAGGCAAAGGAAAAGGAUGGAUGUGGAUAGGUCUUCACGAUAGGCUUCACGAGGGUCAUUUUGCAUGGCUUGAUGGCCUGGACUUUGCUCCUGGAAUAUGCGCACCUGUCACGACCAAUGGAGGAAGCUCUCAAAACUGCGUUGCCUGGACAACCAAUAAACCACUCAGCUGCUGGUCUGAUAAAGUGUGUAGUGAGCGUCAUCCUUUCAUGUGUAGAAUGCCUAUUGAAGGCAAACUAACUUUCCGAGUGGAAAUAUUGUUCAAGAAGUAUCGAUGGAACCCCAACUUUAGAAACAAGCAAUCCAAGGCAUUCAAAGACCUGAAACUUGGAAUCAAGGUCACGUUUAACGAAGUAUUUCAAAGGAGUUCUGGAAGAGUUGGCGGAGGUUUGAGAGGAAUAAAAAUAAAAGCUGUCAGACCUUUCAGCAUGCAAGGAAGGCGUCGAGGUACGGCCAUAACUCUGUCGCUACAGUUUCGAUCUCAGCUUGCAGAUCCAACGGUAAAGUUUCAAAAGUUCUUGAGACCUUCAGAAAGACUGCUGAGUGUCACAGUGGACAGUCCAGUUAUCCACAAGUCUUCAUUAUCAAACACUCAAUGCUUCUUCCCCUGUCGCAAACAUGGCCAGAACUCCUGUCCUACCUCGUCUUAUACAGGAUACCCUAACACCGGGUAUCACAAUACCGUAUACCACAACACCGGAUACCAAACAGGAUACCAUAACACCGGAUACCACACUGGAUACCAUAAUACAGGCUACCACACCGGAUAUCAUAAUACAGGCUACCCUAGCGUCGGAUAUCAUAACGGCUAUCACCAUGUCCCGUGCCCUACGGCAUGCACUCAUUAUACCUAUAGCUGUCCGACAUACUGCCCACAGUCCUGCUGCUCACAGGUCAAGCAACGAAAAAGUCCUUCCUCACCGGCAAAGCCGACAGUCCCAUCCACACAAGCUACAACUGUAACAACAGCUGCUGUAGGUACAGGGAUAGCAAAACCACCGGAGCCUCUCACUCAGGCCCCUGUUCAGUACCAAGCCCAGCAGACCGGAUACACCUCAUAUCAACCCUACAAUCAGUGCAAUACAUGCCACCUUUAUUCUUCACCUUAUUGUUAUACAUACUGUGAUGAAGCCUGCUGCAAACAUGGAAACAAGGCAGGAGAUUUGCACGAAAUGUUGGCUGAUAUGAGAGAAAAUCUUAAGAAGUUCCAAGCGAUCGCAAAACUGGGGAAAAGUUCAGAUCUUCCUGGUUUUCAGGAAGAAGAAUUUCAAAGCAAUGAAGUGCCGCUUUUCGGCAAAAAGGCGAAGUUGGCUGUCAAGACUCUUAAAAAGAACAUAGAAAAGUUAGAGGCGAAGAUCAAAAGAGGUAAAAAACUUUUUGMAAGUAAAAAUAAUCAAAAUGAUCUUCAAGGCAAACAGCACAAAUCCAAAGAAGUUAACAGCCUGCCCUAUUUCGAUGAAGAUGAACUGUCAGAUAUUAAUAAUGAUGAAUCUGACAUAGACGGAGAAUUUUUGGAACUGAAAGAGUCGAAAAUCAAAGAUGACUACCCUCAUAUGCAUAUCCACCCAGACGACAAAAGUACCGAACGUGAAAAAGCUGAUAGUUAUGUCAGCAUGGACAAUUAUGGAAAGGCCCACAAAAAUAAAGAAUUUGGUCAAAGGCACCCUGAUAGUCCACCAAAUAUUUACGAGAAUUCCAUGGGAUUGACACAGACACCCAAAAUAAAUACUGAGAGUUACCCACAAUUGCAUCCAGAAAACAGAAUCGGAUCAUCUGAAAAUGAUUUCAAAGAGGAAAAAGUUGGGGAUAGGCACCCAGAUAGUCCCCCAACUAUUUACGAGAAUUCCUUGAGGCAUACCCAAGACACGGCAGAAGUUAACAGUUACCCAAAAAUACACCCAGACAACGAAAGUACUGGGUCGCCUGCUAUCGAGUUUCAAGAGCAUACCACAUAUCACCCUGACAGUCCCCCAGCCACUUAUGAACAGUCCUUCGAUCGUACCCAAAAGGCGACAGCUAAUGAAAGCUACCCAAAAAUACUCCCAGAAAACAAAUCCACCGGGCAAUCUGAAUCUACGUUUGAAGAAAAUGCUACAUAUCACCCUGACAGUCCCCCAACCACGUAUGAACAGUCCCUCGAUCAUACUCAAGAGACAACAGCAAAUACUGAGAGCUACCCAAAAAUAGACCCAGAUAACAAAACCACCGGGGCCUCUGGUUUGAAGCUUGAAGAACGUGCCACAAAUCAAUCUGAGAGUGCCCCAACCAUUUAUGAACAACCCUUCGAUCAUACCCAAGAGACGACGACAGCAGAUGAUAAGUACGUUGACCCAGACGCGCCCAAGGAGACUGGUACUAGUGUCGACGUUAAAGGAGUUGCUACAGACCCUGACACCCCACCAGAUACUUUUAAUGAUUAUUCCCAAUUAUUGACAACGCAAAAUAAUAAAGAUGUCAACACAUUCCAGUGAAAAAUAUUGUUCAUAAUGAAUUUUCCGGUGAAUCAUGUGUAAAUCAAUGCUAGCUUGUUUAUCAAUAAAAUCAAAAUAUAUGAGA